UCCUGAUUGAUUUGCGCAUGUCAGUUGGGAACUUUGCAAAUGGCGUCACUUGUUAUUGUUCCAUGGCGUUUGUGAAAUCGUCCAAAUUAUGACAGUUUUUCCCUUGUACAAAGGCAGUUCAACUGUUCAUAAGGGUAACACAUUGGUGUGAUUUUUCAUGCAUUCGUUAGAGCUUAAUGGCCGCAGAUAGUGAUGGCGAUGUCAUUGAAACUGUGGUCACUUGCAAAGGAAAUUUAGAAGAUCCUGACUUUCAAGAAAAGUUCGACGGGUUUAUCUCCAAUCUUGGAGAUCUGCUAUGUUCCAGUGAGAGUGGUUCUCUAAAAGUCAAUAAAGUGGAGCCAUGGAAUUCUGUGCGUGUAACACUUUCCAUCCCCCGUGAUGCUGCUCACCGGCUGCGUCUCUUGGCUCAACAAGGUCAUCAGGCCCUUCGCUCUCUGGGAAUUCUCUCUGUGCAAGUGGAAGGUGAUCAGAUCAUUUCUCUCACCAUCGUGGGUCGAAAUGACGAGCCCCAAGAGAUCAGUCUGCAGCCAGCAACACCCGUGGCUUCGGUGCCUGCGGCCAACGAGUUGCCUGCUCCAGUCAGUUCCGUGGUCAACCAUCGACCAGCAGCAUUUCCAGCGGCUGAAGCUGCACCACCGCCCACCCAGGUCACAGCAACAGCAACACCCAGCGUGCCUGUUGCCACCUUCACAGCAGCUGUGACCAACAAUGUUGCUCCGAACGUGGUUGCUCCUGUCAACGAGCCAAUCCCGUUCUCCCCUAAAACGGCCGCCCGACCGCCAGGCAGCUACGGCCCAUUUCCCUUUGCCAGCAUGACGCAUGCGGCGACGGCCAUGCAGAAUCGAGAGUCUCAGCACGGAACGGCCACUCGCUUCCCGUUCAACCCACCUCCGCCCUACCCUGGCAGCAACGCGCAGCCCCCGGUGCCGGCAGUCCAACCGGCCGCCGUCCCAGCGUCUUCUCAGCCUUCACCGGUGGUCAACCACUUCCAACAGAAUGCGCAAAAGGUUGCUUCAAGCAUUGCCAACCACGUGGCCAAGGCCGCUUCGGCCACCAACAACUGUGUUGCUUCAUCGGCAAGUGCCGCCAACGUAGCCCUUUCUAGCCCCCUGCUGGUAAACCUUUUGCAAAACGACGCCCCGACGCCUUCGAAAAUGCUUCCGCCACAGGCAGACAAGAAGAAGGCGGCCGCCACCAAGAAGGUGAAGAGAAAAGAGGGCGACGGUGCUUCGCCGCCAGCGUCUCCCUUGCAGCAGCCACCUGACCAGCCACAGUUCAGUAUUUCAAUGCCUUCACUACCAAACAUCCCCAACCUGAAUUUAUCUCCGCCCCCUGCGGCGGCGGCGACUGUGUCCGAGACGCGUCAGGCCGCUCCUCUCCGACCGUCACCUCCACCCCCAUACGCGGCCCCAAGCCGCCGAGUCCCAGCCCCUGUUGUAAAUCAAGUUGUGCCUUCAUCCCCCACGUCAGAUUCCUCAUCGACCUGGACUCCUAGUCAGAAGGAAGCGAGUCCGCCGCCCAUCACCUCCCGCGGCAAGCGGCGUCAGUUUCUGAUAAACCCGCUCACUGGACAUCUCGAGCCCAUGCCCAGUGACAGCAGCUCCGAGAGCGAGCACGACGAGCCGCCCUUGGAGCCCUUCUCGUUUGUCGACCGCUCCAACUCGGGUUUCUCGGAUGAGGACGAGUCCAACGUGAGCACAGUGUCACGCAAGGAAACGGACCAGUCUGACUCGGAGGCCAAGUCGAACGCCAGCACCGACUCAACGAGCAAGAAACUGCUUCGGGACACGCUGCAGGCGUUGCCUGAGUUUGGCGAGAAGAUCAAACUGCGCCUCAAGUUGGAGAAGAGCGAGCCCGUGACGCCAGCUUACAAAGUAGACGUGUCUUAUGUAAAUGUUCCCCCCGUGAAAAAGGUCGUUGAGAGACCCCUGCCCCAAAAUAGCAGACUGUUCGCUGGUCUUACGGCCACGGCCGGCGCCCCUGCGGCCCCCAACCCACCCAGUUCGCCACUUGGCGAGCAGCCCCGCGUACCUCCGCUGCACAUAUCGCUGCGAGGACGAAACGCGGCCGUCGUCGUCAACAGUCGCAGUGAUAGCAAAGAACAAUCGUCGCCGUCGCCCAAGAAGUUGGGCAGUGGUGGUGGUGUUAGUGGUGCCGCCGUGGGCGGAUUGACUGCGAGUGAAGCUGAAAGGACAGCCAAGCGCAAGGUGAACCGCACCAAAGUGAAAGACGGUGAAAUCAGAAGUCUGUCGACCAACCUGCUGACGGCGGCGGUUGGUCAAGAAAUACAACCAAUUGUGGUCAAGAAAAAACAGUCGAGAACGAACAGCAAAAGUGGCGUCGACGCGGAAAAGGUCGGUGUCGCGCUCACGGUGCCUCCUAAGGGCCCCGGAAGGCCCGACGUCAAGUUGGAGCAGAACGAAACUCCUGCUUUGGAGGUGCCCGAGGCAAAGGUUGAGGAAAUCAAAGAGGCUGACAAGCAGGCCAAGAUCAAAAAGGUCAGGCGGAAGUCGUCGUGUGGCGGCGAGCAGCGUGAGCAGAACCUGCUUUCCGGCGGCGGAAUUGUCGGCGAUGAGCCCAUUGACGAGGAGACCAGGGCUAAGAUGCUGCUGGCGCGAAAAUCGAGACGCUCGGCUGACGGCAAGUUGAUCAGCAGCAGCCCCAAGGAAAGUAAUGCUCCAGCGCCGCCAGAGCCUUCUGUGGAGAAUGGUGUCGCAAGAAGCAAAGGGUUUCUCGAGGGCGACUCUCACCUGGAAAGGAGGGAUAGCCUAGAGGAGGAAAAACCUAUUGUUAAGGAUCUCAGAUUAACAGCUCCAAUUUCUGUGAAAGUUUUGUCACGGAGUAACCCCCAAGAAUCGGGCCUAAGCCUUUCGUCCUCUCUCACUCAGGAACUCGACCCCGGCCUCCUACCCCUGUCGCCCUCUUCCUCCUACAAUCUAAAGCAUAGCGACACUUCUGUGAUAUUAACCGAAAAGAGCCAGCCGCCAAAGGGUGGCAAGGAAGAAAAACCCAUGAAACACCACUUAAACCUACCCAACACAAUCACAGCCAUCGCAAAGCCCUCUCCGAACUGCAACAAGGUGAAGCAGAGUGGCGUCAGCGGUGGCGAACCGUCGGCCAAGUACAGGAAGGUUGACGCGCACCCCUUGGACACGGACCUAGUGGUCAAUGACAGAAAAGUCUCCCUGGCAAAUUUGAAGAAGAUGGCGUCAAAACCUCAGAACGCCUCGGAAAGCAGCUACUCAAAGUUGACGAGAAUCGCGGAAAGCCUUAAGGACAACAAGGAAUCAAGCGGCGUGACCCUUCCACUCCCAUCUAUUGACAUAUCCGUCAUGAAUUCGAAGAUCUCGGCCGCUGUGAAAGAUGAGAAGUAUUUAAUCAAGAGGGAAACGCCUGUCACUAGUCUAGAGGCUGAUAAGCCUGCACCUCAGCAGGCUAAGACUUCGGAGCGCGUUGAGAGUCCCAGCAAUGGAGGCAACGGCGCUCAUGAGUCUGGAAACACUCAGGGCGAGGAUUCUGGGAUUGAGUCGAUGGACGCGCUGUCAGAGAAAAGUCCAAACCAAGGGGAGAGUCCGCUACGUAAAGAGGAGAAGGACGAGCCUCCUGUUGCCGAGGAGAAAAGCAGCAGCGAAACCACGGUGCCUUCAGUCGAAGAAGCCAAACCUGAGCCCAAAUGCCCAGAACCCAAGGCUGUGACCAAGGAAGGGCCUGAGCCGGCAGAGGUCAAACCGGAAGCCAAGGAUCUUCGUUCUUUGGCCGCCAACUCAAAGCUGGCGGCCGCUCUAAGUGACAUGCCGGCUGUGUUUUUGCAGUCUGCGCCUCGAACGGCAGAAGGGGCGGCUGCCUUCAACAUGAGGUCGCCCAAGUUGAUGCCCAUCAAACUCGUGAAGCUGCCUUCUAACGCCACUUCCGGUCAAGCCUUACUGGAGCUAAGCAUCCCCAAGUCAGAAGCCUCCUCGUCGACGGCCAGUCCGGUCAAAAUCUUGGUGCCCAAGAUGUCUCCCAUGAAGACACCGACGAUGACCGCGGUUGUGGUCAAAUCUGUAGUGGUGACCUCGGCGUCCAACAUGAUCAACAUGGUGCGCACGGCCUCGGUACAGAACGAGUCCAAGGAUGACGGGCAAAUAAGGUGGAUCCCCACAAGCACCGUCAGCAGCGUCCUCCCUCCACCCCCACCUCCAACCACCUCAUCAGCCUCUUCAAUGUUGACACCACUAGCUGAUGAUUCACUAGAAGAUGAUCUUCAACCCUUCAGAGUCACUCCUGCCCUUUACACAUACUCAAAUACAGAGAAGCACAGAGAUAGCCCUUCCCCACCUGCUGAUGAGAUGAGCAAAGCAGACGAGUCAACUGUUUCCGAGUCUACCCUUGAGGAGGAGAAAAAGUCACCUGUGCCACCCAAGGAAAGUAUUCUCAAAGCAGAGCUAACUGGUGAAGAUCUGUCCACCCUCCACCCAAACUACCACCAUUCAAAAGAUGCAUCUGAUGAACACAACUAUGUAGCACGGAGCAAAGUGAAAGACAAACGACUCGGAGAGCAGCUGAGGAUAGAAAUUCCGAUGGAGCCCCACGAAUCUGAAGACAAGAAGCCAGUAAGGAACACGAGAUCCUCAUCACGACUGAUCAGCCCAGACCUGGCCAAGUUAGAGCAGCGGACGCCGGCAGUCAGUCCUGCUGACGACGACAUGAUCAAGGGCCCGUUGUCCUCAAGUUCGUCAACAUCCUCCAAACUCAGCCCAAACACAAUCACCCCCAGGGCUGGCUUGAAGAGAAGGAGACAGGAGUCUGAAAGCAGUGCCGCCUCUAGCAUAAGAGACGACCAGGACGAAAGCAGUCCACCCUUGUCGGACAGACCUGGGAAAAGAAAAUGCUCUGAAAACGCUGCAGAACUGAUAAAGGCUUGCAUGGGAGUGGAUGACACGCCCAUCAAGAAGCUGCUUACAACGGCACAUUCUGUUAAAGAGGAGAAAAGGAGUCCUUCAUCUUGUAGUGAUGCUAGUGAGAAGAGGGCAGCUAUGAGAACCAGACGAGGUGGCUCGUUGGCAGCAGGAGAGUCAUCGGAUGACGACCAAUACUUACCAGAUGUGCCAAACAAGGGUAGGCAAAGCAGGCAGAUAAACAAAGAAGACAGGACAGGUGCCAAAACGCCCCUAAGAACUCCCAGAUCAGCAAGUAGAGACGAGGAAAAAGUUGGAAGAUUGAAUCACAGAACAGCUGCAGUCAAGGUGGUCAGCGUAUCAGGCACCACCGCACAAGGAACCUUACUCACCACUCAGCCACCUGAAAAGCGAUCCAGGGUCGAUACACCUCCGCCUGGGUCAUCUGAAACUCCAACCAGACGAUCCAACAGACAGCAAGCAGCCGCAGCGACCACAGUCAAAGCAGUGAUACAACAGCAGCAAGUAGAGCCCUUGGCCAAGUCUAGGGAAACGAGGGGUGCCUUAAGAACAGUGCGGGAUGAAAAAACAACAGCGCCCAGCCCAACCCCAACAGAGUCUGCAAACACGAGAAGGAAAACGCGGAGUGCUAAGGCUGCAGGUUACUGAAAGUCUCUUGUUGAGUGGAGCAGUGCAACACAUUCCAUCUAAACGAAAAAGAGGAGCUCUACACGAAGCAAGUAGAAUGAGCUGAAGGGAUUUCACUUCAUUUUCUUUUCAAAAGUACAAAUCAGUCCACAGUAUGUUAAAUUUGUGGGUAGGAGGGAGCGCUGUAUAGAGAGAAUUGAAUGACUUUUUGUUAUGUAAUUUAUAUUUGAUUAACAACUUCAUUUUUGUGUACAGCUUUGAUAAUUUAUACGUGGUCCAUAGAAGAGUAUGUAAAAAUAAUGGUCGUGUGAAUAUCAGAAACAAAGUGGAUAAGAAGAAGAAAACAGAUGUAAUAACACAAGAGAGACAGAAAAAUACCUAGUGGCGGUAGAAAAAUUUAAUACAGUUGUUCUUUUACAUUGUAACAAUAAUACAGGGGAGGCGUUUUUUUUUCAUUUGGAGUCUGUUAUUAGUUGAUGGCUUCAGUGUUUCUGCUAUAAAUGAAAAUUGAGAAAUCUCAUUCGAGAGAUAUUUUGCCUUUCUACCUUGCCAUUUACGAAAUGAGGGAAAGCUGCUCUGUUAAUAUAAAAAUUGGCUUUUUAAGUGUAAGUUGUUACCAACAUGCAUAAUAACACAUAGUUAAUGUCCAGUUGUUAUCAUAAAUAUAUUCUAUUAAAUACGAAACACGACUCAGUGUUGGUCGGCAAGUGUGCGUGUGGUGGUGAGAUCCAAGUUCCGGCCCUUAUUGCCCUCACUCACGGGUCUCGCAAAACAAAAGUCAUUCAAACGCAUGUUUAGUUUUCGACAAGUGCAAUCAAAUUGCUCUUUUGGUUUUCUUUUUUGUUCGUGUAAGCGAGUCGACAGAGUCCCUUUGGAGGGCUGCUGGGGACAGGGCCUGGCUUUUAUUUUGAAUGAUGGGCACACUCAACAAAAUUCGAGUGGCUGCUGAACAACUGAUGAGAAUGGACAUCGUCUUGGAAAUGAAUCCACUAUUUUAUGUUUGUGCAAAACAUACACACUACAUGGCAAACUGAUAUGUAGUAGAGUGAUUGUGUCUUUUGAGUGGAAAAAAUACACACACGCAUUGUUGUUUUUAAUUAGUGGGUUAUUAUACUUCAUGCGUAAAAAAAUUAUAAAUACGAAUUAUUAUCAUCACUGUUGUCCUAAUUAUGUAAAUAAUUAAUAUGAUAUGUAAAUAUAUCUCAUUUUUCUAGA